AUGGCAAUGGCAGUCGACAAUCGCCAGCAACCCCAGCUCAACGGCAUGGGCUACGAACACAUGCGCUACCCACAACAACCACACUUCACCAACCCAUGGGUCUCGGCCAGCACCUCACAGCAGCAACUCUACCAGACAACCGUGGCACCCAAUGUCGACGCACAGCGCCCCACAAGCAUCGCCAUUCCCUACCACGGCAUGCCCGUCACAGCCCCUCCCAUGGGACAAGGUAUUACUCUCCCGGAUGGCAACUUCGCGACACCAAACUUACUUGAUGCCUCUGAAGAUAUCAUGUCACGCGGAUACCCCACUGGCUACGCUACAUCCGCCUCUCCUCAAAAUCAGACUUAUGCUCCUACUUCGGCUCCAUACUCCCAGGUGGAAUACGCAAACACAGAACGGAGCCCAUAUGCAUUCCAGCAGGAUGCCUCUCGUCGCUCUUCACACCCGUUAGUCCCCUCAAUAGCAUUCUACGAAUCCGUCGAGUCCCAGCGACAGCGCCAAAGUUCACUUGUUGACUUUAGCAGAAUGAAUAGCCAGCAGCCACGCAACAGCUUUAGCGAUGCUCUCGACGCUAGCCGCGGCAUGGUUUCCCUGAGCCAGUCUGACAUUACCCCAAGGAAUAUCUAUGGUACUCAGGGAACCAGCCGCAGCUCCACAGAAUCCUACGGAUUCCCUUCGACGCACUCCGCUCACUCUUCCAUCUCAUCUGCCAGCUAUGGUCCCAACGGAUACUACGGUGGCGAAGGCUCAGUCACCGACUACAGCUCCGCUUCCGAGUCUGUUGACCUAGGCAGCUCGCGCACCCUUCCUCGUCCCAACGCACUUCUCGGCGCAAACAUGCCCCCUGCCCCCGCCUCCAUGAUGAGCCAGUUCAGCUCAAAGGUCUCAUCCAGCUCGCAAAAGAAGCACAAGUGCAAGAUUUGCGACAAGCGCUUCACUCGACCAAGCUCCCUCCAAACACACAUGUACAGCCACACUGGAGAGAAACCAUUUGCUUGUGAAGUCGAGGGUUGCGGACGCCACUUCUCCGUUGUUUCCAACUUGAGGAGACACCGAAAAGUACACAAGAACGACGGCAGCAUCGACCACCCAUCGCCAGACAGCGUCGACCACUAA